AUGGAUAACCCGAUACUGCGCAAACGCCUCCAUGCACUCACAUCUUCUUUGAACCACAUUGGUGAUGCCAUUGGAAAUGCAUUGGAGGAGGGACGUACAAUUGUUGAGAACAAGACCGCUGACAUUAUUCAAGAGACACGCAAACUGCACAUCACGAGAAAAUUAGGUACCAACUCUGACGAGCAAAAUCAUGUCUCUACUCUAAAUAGCCAAAGGCAGCAAUCCUCAACACAAACCAAUCAUGAAGAUCAACUAAAGGCAUCUCGUGAUGUGGCGAUGGCAACUGCUGCUAAAGGGAAGCUUCUUCUACGAGAGGUGAAAACUGUUAAAGCAGAUGUUGCUUUUGCAAAACUUAGAUGUUGUCAGCUUGAAGAAGAAAAUAAAAUCCUUCGGGAGUCUUGUGAAAAGGGAGACAAUCCUGCAGAUGAUGACAUGAUACGGCUUCAACUUGAGACACUAUUAGCAGAGAAGGGUCGUCUUGCACAUGAGAAUUCUGUGUACGCUCGUGAGAAUCGCUUCUUAAGAGAGAUUGUGGAGUAUCACCAAUUAACUAUGAAAGAUCAUGUUGUGUAUCUGGAUGAAGGCAUUGAACAAGUGUCAAGGAUGCAUUCUACUUCCCCUCCAAAACCUCACUAA